AAAUACGAAAUUAGAAUUUGUUCUGAUGACCCCUCCUUGCGUUUGGAGUAAAGACCCAGCUCCCAUUCAGCGCUUUCGGGUAUAUCUGGAUUGUAGUGGGGUCCGGUUUCCAGGCUGCCGUGAGGAAAGGGUGUUGAAAAGCAACCGCGCACGCCUUUGGGCUCAGAGAUGGAUUCAUCAGAACAAUCAACAGUUAGAAGUGAGCAGAAAUCCAGAAAAUUCUUAAAAAGUCUAAUAAGAAAGCAGCCUCGGGACCUUCUUCUUGUAAUUGGAACUGGGGUAAGUGCUGCAGUAGCACCAGGAAUCCCAGCGCUGUGCUCCUGGAGAAGCUGCAUUGAGGCUGUAAUUGAAGCAGCUGAACAGCUGGAGGUGCUUCAUCCGGGAGAUGUUGCUGAAUUUCGUAAAAAAGUAAUCAAAGAUAGAGACCUGCUUGUGGUUGCACACGAUCUCAUCAGGAAAAUGUCACCACGUACUGGGGAUACGAAGCCCAACUUCUUCCAGGAUUGCUUAAUGGAGGUGUUCGAUAAUUUAGAACAACACAUUCAGAAUCCCGUUGUUCUGCAAUCAAUCCUGAGACUGAUGGAGAGAGGCACAAUGGUUCUGACUACAAACUAUGAUAAUUUACUUGAAAUAUUUGGUCAGCAACAGGGUAAACCUAUGGAAUCUUUAGACUUGAAAGAUAAGGAUAAGGUUCUUCAGUGGGCAAGAGGUCAUAUAAAAUAUGGAGUUCUUCAUAUUCACGGCUUAUAUACAGAUCCCUGUGGAAUGGUGCUAGAUCCCUCGGGAUAUAAAGAUGUUACUCAAGAUCCUGAAGUCAUGGAGGUUCUUCAAAAUUUGUAUCGAACCAAGUCUUUUUUGUUUUUGGGCUGCGGAGAGACUCUGCGUGAUCAGAUAUUCCAAGCUCUUUUUCUUUAUACUGUAAAGAAUAAAGUGGAUUUAGAACAUUAUAUGUUGGUGCUUAAAGAAAAUGAAGACCACUUUUUUAAGCUCCAGGCAGAUAUGCUGCUGCACGGAAUAAAAGUAGUGUCCUACGGGGACUGCUUUAAACAAUUCCCAGAGUACGUACAAGAUCUGACUGCUCAAAUCUGCAAGCAGAGAAGCCCAGAUGCUGAUCGAGUGGACAGCACAACACUGUUGGGAACUUCAUGUGUGGACUGUGCUAAAAGGAAGUUAGGAGAAACCAGCACUGACUCUCCUAAGAGAAUCAAGCAGUCAGACAAUGGUGCUGUUACUUCUCCUGCCACUGAAUUGUCUCAGCACUAAACUGACAUAAUUACCAGUCCAGUUGCUAACACUGGUAAUCUUAUGAAGUGUUCUAGUCAGCUGCUUCUCACCUCAGUGUCUGCAGGAGAGCAUGUUCAGGAGCAUUCUUUGUUCUUAUUCUGGCACAUUCAUACCUGGCAGUCCUGGAGGGUUGCUGCAGUCAGGUUUCUCUGCUUAUGUUCCCUGUGGGUUUGAUGUUACACCUUCAGAGAUCACAUCACACUAUAAUGAGCUUUUACAGGGAGUGGAAGUGAUGGGCCUGUCAGAUGACCUUUCUGUCUGAAUUGUGGUAUGUCAACUCUUUACUCCCAUGUCACAGAAACAAUUUCUGCUUGUUCUCUAGUAUGUAUGUGUGCACAAUGAAAAGCUUAAAAGCUUCUUUCUAGACUAAUAAUUACUGAGAUGGGUAGAGUGUUUGUGGUGUGGAAGUCUUUGUCCCUGUUCUGAAGUAGGUAAAGAUCUCACGACAUUUUGCCUAGAAAAGCAAUCAUCUUAAACAAUGCAUGCACACUGACUCUUGUCUUCUACCCCAGAAGAAAACACCCAGUUGUCUUUCAUGAUUGACAGUCUGGAAACCAUACUUGGGUUUUAGUAUGUGAUAUAAUUGCUAAGGACCUCAAGCAUCAGUUCUCAGGGUUUCAGCUGUGUUUUUUAAAAGGUAAAAAUCAAAAGCAAAACCAGCCUGAAUAUAUAGACCAUACGCAUCCUCUCCCUUUUGAGACACUGUAUUUAUACAUACAUCACUUUUGAAAAUUAAGUCUUCUAGCACUGCAUAUAGCACUCUCUGUAAGACUCCAACCUCUAAAAUUUGCUUCUCUAGUCAACAUGAAUUGGCUGUUUUCAAAAGUGAUCAGCCAUGCUAUUUUGGAUGCUGAUGGAUCAGCUUAGAACACUUAAAUUGUUGCUUCAAGCUACAGCAAAAUUAAUCAGAUGAGCUGAGCCAUUUAUGACCCUGAUUACUGCAAUUAUUUAAGCCCAACCCUAAAGUCACGUAACUCCUUAUCUCGUGCCUGAAGUCAGAUCCACAUUAGGAAAUCACACCCCCUCCCUUUGGUAAGGAUCAACUUACACCUAGCACUGGUGAUGAUUCUUCAGUUUUGUAGAGCUGAACUGCAACUUACUUACUUACACACCAGCCUCCCCUGACUCAAGUGCCAUUUAUUUGUAUCCUGAAAAGCAGAUGGGUAAGUAGGGGGUUAUUUUAAUUCCUAACAUACACAGUAAGAAGGUAGAAAUGCCUAGUUUUGGUGUGUCCUCCCCCCCCCACCCCCUGCAAUCCAAUAAUAUAUUUGUCAUCUUAGGGAUGGGAUUGCCUUGCAGCUACCUCAGGGUUUAAAAUACAGUCAAAAGGGUCAGAACCUGAAGCUUGUCUGUUCCAUUUAUCUGUUAAGUGAAAGAGUAACUUGUUUAAGGCCCUGUUCAAAUUAUUACCCAAGUACUGUGAAAGAACUAACCAUACAAAUUGGCACGUUAAAUGAUGUUUGCCAAUUCUACCAUAGAUGGCGGCUCUUCUACUUAAUUCAUAGUUGUUUUUUUUUUAAAUGGCAGUAAGAUAUUUACUGAAAACAAACUUGUUGACCAUUUAUUGUCCUGUUUUGUUCAAGCUGUGUAAUGAAUGUGAUAGGACAUCUCUGAUGAUGGCAUACAACCUUUUAAUAAAGUAUUUAAA